AUGUUGGGUAAGGAACGUGUACAUCUACAAAUGUACGAUCAUUCAUCACUUUACACGGGAUUAUGUAUAGCCACGGGUGAGCCUGGAAAUCGUGCCGAUAUUGCAAUGAAACUCACUGAAGCGGUCUAUAGAAGAACAGAGCUGGAAACUCUCAAAGACCGCCAAGACCAACUUCUAUUAUCAGUGAUACCAGCCUAUUUGACUGAUAAAGUUAGUAAAAGCAUAAUACAGUCAAGCAGUACAGUGGCAAGAAAUAACAAUAAACAUCAUAAACUUUUCCACGACCUACAUGUGCAAGUUCACGACAAUGUCAGCAUCUUAUUCGCUGAUAUUGUGAAUUUCACGGUACUGGCUGCGCAACUAACAGCAAAGGAUCUCGUACGAACGUUGAACGAAUUGUACAGCAAAUUCGAUAAAGAUGCACAGUUGGCUGAAUUUCAGAAACUCCAGUGCAUGCGCAUUAAAUUUCUUGGAGAUUGCUACUACUGCGUGUCUGGGAUGCCAGUAAAUCGUCCAAAUCACGCUGAUAUGUGUGUGGUGAUGGGUCUCGAGAUGAUCAAGACAAUCAAGUACGCUUUUUCCCAAUUUUUUUUUCAAUCCCGAAAACAUUUAAACCCUUCAAAAAAUUUUUGGCAGAUUCGUUUGGCCACAGGAGUAGAUGUCAACAUGCGAAUUGGUGUACACACUGGAUCCGUGCUAUGUGGGAUCCUAGGUCUACGUAAAUGGCAAUUUGAUAUUUGGAGCGAUGAUGUAACUCUGGCCAAUCACAUGGAAUCUGCUGGUGUACCUGGGGCUGUACAUAUAACAAAGACCACGAAGGACAUGUUGCUUGGCGAUUAUUGCAUUGUAGAAGCAAAAUCCGAUGAUCCACAUAUCUUAGCCUAUGGUGAGCCAACAUAUCAUAUUCUUCCAGACAAGACAUCAGUUAUUGAGAGGACCGCAUCAAUCUAUAGAAACAGAAGAAGCACUGGCCUCUGCGACAGCGAUAAAACGCUCAGCCUUGCUAAUAACAAUGCUGGUAUUCAAUGUCGGCAUAGCAUGAAGGCAAAGGUCUCCAAGAUGGUGGAAUUCUGGGGAGCAGAAACGCCAUUUGCAAAUUUCAAUCGCAAGAAGUCAUCAACUUGCUUUGAGCCCGGUUUGAUAGUGGAUGAUACUCCUCGACGUCCUAACUAUAGUAAUACGAUCCAGUCAAUGACUCUCAUUGAAAACAGUCUCACUAAUUUUUCAUUGAAUAACAUUAACAACAUGUUCAACUGUCGUCAUCCGAAAAGCCAAGUGUCACCGUACUUGCUAUGGCCAUUCAGGUAGGU